UCAGUAUCUUGUUUGGUACUCUCCAUCGUCUCCUCUAUAUUUAUUGGUCCAUUCCCUUGCCAGUUGAUGCAGGCAGAAUGGCAGCCCCCAGCAAGCCACAACAUGGCGCCAUUGGCCCCGUGCCGUUCAAGGACGUCAUCGGAGACGCAAUGGCACAGCGAUCCUCACCGGAGGAGGAGUAUGCCGGCGUCGUGUCCAGCCUCCCGAGCUAUCCCAAGCUGCGCCUGCGGCACUACCAGGGCAUGUGGCUGAUGGAGUACACCCUUCCAGGGAUCAUGGCCAUCCAGCGGAGCUUCGUGCCGCGCCGCCAUGGCGACGUCGUCCUCGCGAGCCCCGGUAAGUGCGGCACCACCUGGCUCAAGGCGCUCGCCUUCGCCGUCUUGGCGCGCGGCGCCUACUCCCCUGCCAGUGACCGGCAUCCGCUCCUCCGUCUUAACCCGCACGACUGCGUCCCGUUCAUGGAGGGGGCGAUCUCUGAAGGAUGGGGUGGUAAGAUUGAUGAGCUGCCGUCGCCGAGGCUCAUGUCCACCCACAUGCAGCACGCUGCUCUACCCAAGUCCAUUGCAGAUGAACCUGGCUGCAAGGUUGUUUAUAUUUGCAGGGAGCCGAAGGAUAUCCUGGUCUCAGCCUGGCACUUCUUCAGAAUUAUAGAGCCUGAUCUUUCAUUUCAAGAAGUGUUCGAGGCUGCCUGCGAUGGCAAGUUCUUGACCGGCGCUAUCUGGGAUCACAUUAUUGGCUACUGGAAUGCUUGCAAGGCGAACCCAGAGAAGGUCCUGUUUCUGGUCUAUGAGGACCUUCUGCGAGAUCCGGCAAACAUCGUCAGGAAGCUCGCCGACUUUCUUGGCCAGCCGUUCUCAUCGACCGAGGAAGAAGCUGGACUGGUGACAGAUAUUGUGAGGCUGUGCAGCUUCGAGAACCUGAAGAGCUUGGAGGUGAAUAAGAUGGGAGAGGCAUCGUUCGCCUUCCCGAAUGCGUCAUACUUCCGGAAAGGGAAGGCCGGAGACUGGAAAAUCCACAUGACGCCGGAAAUGGUGGAGUGUUUUGACACCAUCGUCAAGGAGAAGAUGCAUGGAUCUGGGCUUGUUUUUGCUUGAUGCAUGUGGUGGACAAGAAAUUACUAAAUUAUUCAACUCUUUUAAUACUUUUUUUUAAAAAAACAAGAUCUUUCAAUAAAUAAUUUUAAAGGGUAGUCCAAAAUGAAAAAAUAGUAAUAAAAUGUAACCUAAAGUGAAAUUUACUCAAAAUAAACUAAUCAUCAAGCUCAAGAGGUUGCUCGCAUUGCUUUGGCUGAAUCACAUUAUUUUACCAAUGUGACAAGAUUGUACAACUUCUUCUUGGAGACUUAGAUCAUCUUUUAUUGUUCUGUUCUGAACAGAAAUAGACCUAGAGCUGACAUGAAUGAUAUUUUUCCUUUUAAUGAGGUCAUUAGCUCUUUGGGUUUUUUGAACUUCCAAUUAAAGGUAUGGCUUACACCUGAAGUUACAUGCAACAUCAACCUUUGUUGUAUCUAUUGAACUCUCCCAUGAAUUGGACUCUUUCCUACCCUAACACAAUGGUAAAGCCAUUGUCAAGAAUAGUUUUUCGGAUCAUA